AUGGCCUUACUACUCUUGUCAAUGUCGUCGUCGUCUGAUGAAUUCUGUUCUGUGGAAGAGUGUGACUGAACGUCUAAUUUCCCAAGGGGAUCCUGCUCAGAAGAGGAAUCUGAAGAAUCUCUUGGAGAAGAUUCGGGCUUUAACAGUGGUGUUGUAGUGGCUAAUGAUUUUGAGCGCUCUUGAAGUAAUUUUUGCCCCUGUUCCCUAAUUGUAACAGUACUGAGUCGGGUUUGCGAUGCUCUCCUUGUUGAGGAACCUCUUAUGUCGUCCAAACUCAAACUUUGUUGUCUGUCCAUAGUCGGCACGUUAGGUAAGACUCGUCGCCUACGAGACUCGUGUGAAGAUUUUCUCAUCUGCUGUUGCUUGGCUUCCUCUUUUUCCUUUUGUUUAGUCAUUUCCCAUCUUUUAGCACACUGUCGUUCGUGGACAUUAAUGGAGUGUGAACUGAAUUCCUUCCCACAAAUGUAGCACAUCACUGUUUGUGGCUUCGGCAUACUCGACUUGACUUCUCCAGUCAAUUAAUAGCUUCUCUCUCCUGAAAAUAACUUUUAAAAUGUAAAAAGGGUUACCCUUAUACCAAUAUGCCGUCCAGACCGUGAAGUGUUACAUUGAACUCGGUGACAUCACUCAUAUAAAUAUAAUUGAGCCUCUCAAAUUUCCUGUCGCCGUGUUUGUCUCUCGAAACAAUUACAAUAUGACCGUCAUAUAGAGAGGAGUGCAGAAUAAACUUCCCCAAGUUCGUUGCAUGGUCUAUAUGCUUGAUAAUUUUUGUAAUUGAGCCUGUAAAUAAAGAAAACGGCGAAAAUCUAAUAAUCACAUUAGAAGAAGAAUUAAAAGAGCAUUUCUCACACCCUUAAAAAUUUUGUAAGUAACCUUUAGUUUCGUAAUCAGAUAUUUCUCGACGAGGGUUUACAACAAAUAUUGAGUCACGAGAGACAAACAAUGUUGCUGAAAGAAAAUCCUUGCAUGUCCGCUCAUAUCAUAAACACAAAACACAACGUUCGCAGGCAAGGAAUUUUAAUUUAAUAGAAAAUGAUGAUUCAAAACGGCACUUGAACCUCGUCGCUUCUUCAAUAUAGCAAUAAAUUUACGUCAAUCGAGCCACAAAAAAUACCUGUCUUCAGUGCACUUCGAAUGUACUCGUUCAUAGGACUUUUCCCAAGCCUGUUAGGCUUCAAAUGCACGAAUUUAAGCUGCAGCUUUCUGUGGCCACGGGUGGUUUACAAGGAGGCAGCUGGAUUUUCUCACCUGACUUGAACAGAAGUUCUGACGGAGAUGGAAACAUAUGCGUCACCAUAAAAUAAGGAGGACGUUCAAAUUUUCCCGUUCUUGUAUUCGACUAGCGUCACAGUACAAUCGCUUGAACACGGAAAAUGAAAAAGCUUGGUUUCCUAGGAACAAAAAUUCUUUCCCGGCAGGUGUGGUACUACGGCAACGAAGCUAAUAAUUUUCUUCAUUCAGUUCAUAAAGACCGCUCGACUGUAAACAGAAUAUGUACCGGAAGUGAGGUUAGACGACAAGAAUCAUUAGGUUCCAAGCCUCAGCUUCCGGUGCGUUCAAAAUGGCGGAUGCAUCAACCACGACAGCGAUCACAAAGACUUGUAAAUUUUUCCAGAGGAAAAAAGAGUGCAAGUUUGGAAAUGAGUGCCAAUUCCUACAUCCUGAAAAACCAUUAAACUUACCAGGAGUUAAUUUAACAGAGGUUAAAAAGCUUCAUGAUGUUCCAAAGCUUCUGGAUCCAUCCUAUCAGGAGAAAAACUCAGGUUUGCAAUCCUGUAGGUUCUUUAAGAGUAAGAGAGGAUGCGCGUUUGGAAAUAAAUGCCGCUUUUUACAUUUGGAUUUAAAGGUAUCCACUGAAUCCGAGAAAAUUGAGAAGGUUUCUGAACCCGAUAUAACUGAUCAGGGUGAAGAGAAGGUUACAGAUCAGCAUAAAGAGUCCUCAGCACAAAGAGUUGUUUGUAAAUUCUUUCCAAAAGAGAAGGGAUGCUUAAGAGGUAACAUGUGCCCCUUUGCACAUGUGACUACUUCUAUUGACAAGACCAAUAGGAAGCCUCUAGCUGGAAAAGUCUCUAGAAAGGCAGGCAAUCUGUCAAGUAACAAAAAACCUCAUUCGGGAAAGGACACACUUAAACCUUUCAUGGCUGUCAAACAGAUCACUGAACAGCCAGUAGAGUCAUAUAUUGCGCGGCCAGAUAAUCAAAAUGAAGUUAUCAAGAAUAAGGUCAAAGCUCAAAUCCCAUUGUUGCCCAAUGAAGCUUUCAUUGCUGGAGACAAGAGGAUGGGUGUUAGUGAACAACCACAUGAUGAAUGUAAGAGACUGAGAUCAAUUGAGAUACAGCAACUUAAAAAACGAUUCAAAGACAAUUACUCUGAAAUCACAGAGAAUAGUUGUUACAAGAUCAAAGUUAAACCAACAGAUCCAGACUGGGUGAGUAAAAUAAAUCCUGUCUUUCACUUUGAAAAUAGAGGUACUGUGCAUCAGAAAAAAAAACCAAUUUGUGUAAAAAAGAUGGGUAAAAGUGAAGAACAGUUACUAAAAGAUGGGUUAAACAAGCCUAUUUUACCAUAAAAGAUAGGUACAAAUGGUGCGAUUGACAUGUUUCUAUUUACUGUUUUCAACUGGAAAAGUUUUGACUCUGUUUUAAGUCAAUUUUUGGUCUACUAAACACUGUCAGCCGACUGUCAGUAAUGUGUCGCUAAUGUGUCAGUAACCUGUCGGCUGUCGGCUGACAGUUGACCGACAGGUUACCAAGAGCCAAAAAUGGGAACCAUUGUUCACUAUUACUGAAAGAUGUGCACUCAUGGGAGGUCAAAGUGUAAGGAUUUAUAUGCUGAUAUGAUGUGCUGGUGUCUGCUCACAUGAAUGUUCAGAUAAAUGUCAGUAUCCAAGCAACUGGGCUCUUACCCCUCCCCUAAGCUGACAUUAAUCCUAAUAACAACUUGUUAUCAGUUGACUAUUGUUUGGUUAAGGGAGGGCUAAGUGUGCAGUUGCUCAUAUACUAACAAUGAUUUGAGUUUUCUUCCUAAUGUUAGUUGUUCAUUAGAAUAGGGUCUUCUUUAAUUCUGAUUGUUGUUUUACAACAGGAAUCAAAUAUCUUAAUAAAAUCAGAUACUUUACUAGAAAAAAAAUACUAAAACAGUCAGUUUUGUAUUUACAGAUUCACUCAUUUUUCCUAGGAAAAAAAAACGGUUUUUAGAACAUUAUCAGUAGCUAGGUACAUAAAGUAUCACAAGCCACAUGCAACAAAAUUUGUGUGCAAUAAUUAUUUUAUCCACAAAGGGUUCAUUUUAAAGAACCAUUCUGCAUGGAAAAUGAAGCCUGUUAAAAUAAGAUGAUCACUUGAUGUGAAGCUAGUAUUUGUUACAAGAGCUUAAAGAAAUUGUUCUUGUAAAGUGGCAAUUUUCUGUGUUUUACUUUACAGGCUUUUAAGAUUGAGGCAGUAUACCUUGAUGUAUCCUUCCCGGAGGAUUAUCCUCUGCAUGUGAGUUCAGCAUACUAGGAUAAAAGUUGGGGCUGCUGGCUGGUGAAGUUGAUUUCACUGUUUGGGGACUUGUUUUGAUUUCAGGCCAUUAUUAUGUUAUUGUGUGCAGUGUACUAAGGAGAUUUAACAGUACUUUGUGGCCCCUAAAAAUGUUUUGUGAUAAAUUUAAAGCUGUCCUACGAUUUGAGGUGUUGAACCAGACAGAGAUAUCAGGAACUGAUCAUUGUUUUAGAAUUAGGAGGCAGUUUUUGCAAGCAUAAGAUGAAGUAAGUAAAAAAUAUAACAGUGAGAAUGUAUCAGAGCAUGGACAUAAAUGUAAGCUAACAUCCCAGAUAAGGAGUUAUAAGGGCAUAUUGUAAUUUGAAUUCAAACCUUUUUUGAAACUGAGCAAUUUUUUUCAGCCUAGCUUGUAAUCCAUUCUUAAGCUCUGUGUUCUCAUCACUAAAUCUCUCUUCAACUAGCACCUCUUACCUAGUACCUUCAACAAAUUACUAUGAUAGUGCAUGUUUUUUAAUUACUGAGUAAUUUUUACUGUUUAGAUUUUUGCAGCAUCUCUAUCCAAGGAACAACUUCUUUCUGAAGAUGUUAUCAGGUAUGCUAAAUAUUAUCAAUAUUCAAAUUGUCCUUUUCUUUUUUCACUUAGAAAGCAAUAUGUCACCUCUUAUACUAAUUAAUGAUCUUAAUUCAAAUGGGGUGAUGUUAUUAGGCUGUGCCUUGUGGUUUUUCAUUAUUUUAUUAACAUUUGUGGCAUCACUUCUUUGAUAAGGAAGAGUUUUGUAAGAGUCUUGCAAAAGAAACUUUUCAAGUGAUUUUGUGGAUGGACAUAAAUGAAGUUAACACUAUUAACCCUUUACACCUUAAUAUCAGUAUGCAUAUUCUCCAUACUGUUCUCAAUACAUUUCCUAAGAGCUGACAAGUAGAAUUUGUUCAACAAUCAAUAACUUUUUUAGUUGAUAGUCAUUUCCUCUAUUCUUGUGACUUAACUGUUUGAUUCAGAGGUGUUAAUGUAAGGGGAAGUUAGAUGUUAGUCACUCAUAGGGGUCAGUAGUGCAGUAUUGCUCACCCCUUUUUACUAGCGAUAACUUACUUUUGGAACAUUGUGCUUAACAGUAUGUUUUGUGCACAAGGCACUUCUAACUUAAGGUGCCCGUUUUUUGCAAGGUUUGUAACUCUAAAAAUUCAGCAAUGGGCUGUGAAGCAAGAGCAAGCAAGUAUUGAUCAAGGACUUUUAAAGCUAUACUUUAGACCAUUUCUGCGCUGGUUUGACAGGAACCUGGAAUCUUUCAUUGUGGAUGCAGGAAGACAGGUAUACCUCAGUUAUAGUGAGAUAAUUAAUAUCUAGUUUGCAUGUCCUUCACAUUAAUUUUCUGGAAAGAAAGAAGCUGGCAGAUUGUUUAAUUUAUUGUUCAUUUGUAACAGCUUCUAGAAAUUUAAUUAAUGCAUUUACCUUAUUCAGCUGUUAAAAGCGUAAAAGUGCACUGAACAAUCCUGAAAGGUAUUGUGGAUAGUUUUUAGGUCACAGCUUCAUAACUGCAGAAUUUUUUGGGAAAUCUGAGAAAAGGUCACUGUAAGGACAAGGUAUUACAGGUUUGAUGAAUUUAUUUAUUAAUUUGAUUUAUUAAAAUUCAUUAAAUGCCAGAUACCCAGAUGACCUUUCAAGAUUGCCAUGUGCACUUUUGUCCUUUUUUCCAACAACCCCUCUGGAAACAGUUGUAAAUAGACAUUAAAAAAAGUCUUCUUGGAAAAAAGAAAAAGGAAGCUUACUUUUCUCCAGCAUUGGCAAUGAGCUUUAAAUGCCUCAGACAUCCAAGAGCAUUCUCACAAGAGUGAACCAGGCAAUAUUUUGCAGACAUAUGGCAUUGUGAGAGCAACACUUCGAAUUGACCCAUAUGUAACUUUGCCUCUGCUUCCAGUGACUUUUGAUAAAAAUAGCUACUCAAGCAAAACACUAGAGCAAAUUAUGAUUGUCUGAGAAGUAAUCAUAUAUUAAAGUUGGAACUCUAUGUCAUGGACAGGAUCCGUUUCAUUUUGGCCGGCUGCUGAGCAAGAUUGGCUUGAAUUUCAGCUCUUAACAUGUAAUGAAGUAAUGAAAAAAGUGAACUGUAUACAUCAGGCAAUUUUAGUGUACAUUUAGUUUUAACUAUAUAUUGUCCAAAGUGCACCAUAAACUUUUUAAAUGUUGUUAUUCACAUACAACAUCAAAAUGUCUUGGGGAACCCUUAUUGAGUUGCUGUUCAUGAAUCUUUAAAAGUAAAAAGGUACCUUCCUCAAUCCAGAAAGCAGAACAAGAGCAAAUUAAGAUCAUACCAAAUUACUAAAUUAAGCACUUUUCAUGAUCAGAGAUUCAUUAAUAGUCGUGGUCAACUAUGAAUACCAAAACCAGUAGGUGUUCAUUCAUUUACACUGAUUCUAACCUAUGUGAUGCUUUUUUUAAUUCUCCACAGGUGAAAGGAAGCUUUUCUUCAAGCAGCACAACUGAGUGUGAAGUAGCUGACAAUCCUUCUCAAGACAGUCUAUCAGCAACUGCAUCCACACCAGACUCAGGGAUGACAUUGGAAAGUGUUCCUGUGCCUGAAGAAAGCUAUGGCAAUCAGUCAAUUAAUGGAGAUAGAGAUCACUUGAACAGUACUAAAAGUCAAGAACCCUCUGAAAAUAUGAAGAAAACUGAUACAGAGCAUGGUGAUAUAAAGCAGGCCUUAUUGUGUCACCAAAUUGAAGCUAAAAAGUCCAUUGGACAUGAAGAAGAAAAUUGUACUAAUAGAACUUGUGACGCUAACAUUGGAUUUGGAAUAAUGCUGGAAAGCAAAAGCUUGAAGAAAACUGUUGACAUGGACAAUAAAUGUCUAACUUCAAGCAUGGAAGAUAUUAACCAUGGACAAAUGACAAACAAUGGAACUGAUCAAGACAAAGAGACAAGAAUUACCAAUGAAAAGGCCUCUGCUGUCAGGAGAGGAACAGAAAUUCAGUUUAGAGGACUUGAUCUAGAAGAGAAUGUGAGCACCCUGAUUGGAAAUAGGAUAGUUUUCACUUUAGAAUGCAACAGGUGCAAGCAGAGGAUUGACCAACAGUUGCCUGGAUCAGGGUAUGUAUUAGUCACAUUACCUGCUUGUGAACAGACUGAAAGGAGUAUUUGAUGAAUUACGCACACUAAAUUUUCUUCUUAUUAAUUUCUAUUUUUGUUUGUUUGUUUUUUUUUUCCACUGGACUGGGUGGCAUAAUGUGCGCAGUGCAUAGAGGAUGGUGUCAAAGUUCUUAGCUUUAAUUACCUCUAAACUAAAAUACACAAUCUUGCUUAGUACCCCUUGUGGUUAGGAUUUCAAUUUACUUCCUUCCUAUUACAGAUCUGUUUGUAAGCAAUGUAUCAGAUGUGCUUCAGUCUUUGCUGUCACCUACAGACCAGCUGUUAUUCAUCAGUUUUCUUUGAUUUUAGGAUAUUUAGACUUGGAUGGGUGAGUUAAGAGAUCAAUGAAAUUGAACUGUGUAAUAAAAUUAUUUUUAAUUUCAAAUUCAAACAGUAUACUGCUUCCCCAAAGUAAAACAAAAACUUAAAUGCAUUGGAAUGAAAAUCUCUAUACUUUCCUGUGGGUCACCAUCUUAAACAGUGAUGGCUGAAAUAAUAGUCAUGAACUUCAAGUUGGCACAUACAGGUUUAAUGCCACAUGCACUUUUUAUCAUUUCAUUCAUGAACCAUUCAUUUUUUAGAAGCCAAACUUUUUUAAUUUUACCAAGUGCUAGUUCACUUGCUUGCUUAUAAAUAUUGCCUUUUAUGCCUUGGACAGAAGUCUCAAGAAAUACCUUGAAACAAAACUGGACCCUUUUUUGCUCUCAUUUAUUUUCUGCCUUCUGUUGUUUUGAGAUCUUAAAUUUUGUCAAUGUUAUACAUGUCUUGUUUAUCACAUUCAGCUGUGUUCCAUUUGAUGUGGUUCUACCAGAGAGUGAAUUGAAGAUAGGUUGUUUAAACUGUUCUAAAGAAACAACAGUGAAGGUUAGUUUAGUGAUACUUGAAACAGCCAUCAAAUGGUGUCUUGAUAUGUACUUACUAAAACAUUUGAGAUCUUAAAUUACUUUUAUUAAUAGUUACUGUCAGCAGUAAUGAUGAUCUUUGUUGUUAUAAGUAUUCUAGUUCCCUUAAUCAUCACUGACCCACAUCAAUGAUUACAUUAAGUAUGUACAGGAAUAACUUUCUCAUCAGGAAAUGAAUCAUUCACAAAGGUCACCCAACUAAAUGCAAGAUCCUCACAAUAAAGCUGUAAUUAUGUAAAGAAAUUGGAGUGAACAAAGAUCACUGAUGGCCUGAAAUGUUGCUAUUUAAUAGUGAUUUGUAAAACUUACAAAAAGAGUGUAUGCCAAUCCUGACUGAACAGCAAGGAAAAUCUUGUUGAAUAAGAAUGUCUCACAAAUAGGAAAGGUACUGACAGCAACUUCAAACUUAUCAUGUGAUUAUGUAGGGACUGCAGUAUGGAGCCAACUGGAGCUGGUGUAGGCAUUGCCAUUCAAAGCUUGGAUUCCGCAUGCAGUCAACUCGCUUUCAAGAAUUACAGAAUGAUGCAACCCAAGCAGGUUUUAAAACAGAUACUUUUGAUAGCAUUGUACUCAGUACUCUGCAUGCAUACUGAUUAUUCAGGAAUUUAUACAUAUACAAAUUGAACAGUAGGGCUGAUCCAAUAAACCUUUCUCUCCAGUAAGCCCUCAACUUAAACAAUCCCCCCUUUCUAAUAGGCCUGUCUACCAAUCAAGCUUCCCCCCCUCCCCCCAUCUGAAAACCAUGGAAAUAAAUUAGCCCUCAGAGGCUCAUUAGAGUGUUUUCAGUAUCUUUGUCAAAAAUUGGCCUCAGGGGUAUUUAGACCUAUUUACUUGGUGGGUUCAGUUGACUGAACAUCAUCAUUAUACCAAUUGCUUGCUUCUUUUUUUUUUACUAUCUUUUGACAGUGUUAAGAUAGUGAAGAAUCAUCUGAUACUAAUGUAAAUUUCAUAAUACCUUUCUUUAGCCUCUCUCAAAAAAGGUAAAGAUUCAAAUACUUCCUCCAAGCCUAAAAGGCUAGCUCAGAACUCAGGAAUCAAGGAGGGUCAGCCAUUACCUGGUAAUGGAACGUGUAAACACUACAAGAAAAGUUACAGGUGGCUCAGGUAAACUUAUGAUGUUGAUAACUUAGGGUGUUAAAAGAUAACUACACUUUAGUACACUAACCCUGAGUACUUGCCUUUUUCAAAAUGUUCCCAUUGUAGAUUGAAGUAAAUUGGUUGAUUUGGGUAAUGUAUUAAAACUGUGUCAAACUCAUAAAAGAGAAAAACUUAUUUCUUGGUAAGGUAUUGCACUGCUGCUGCUGAAGAUCUUGAUUGUAGUUUUAGAACAUGUUCAGUUGUCAUUGGCGUUAGACACUAGAUAAAAAUUAAAUCUCUUUUAAGAAUUUAAAUGGAUGACCUCCCUAACACUGAUAGAAUUUUGUAUUUACUAAGUGCAGGAGCCUCUUACCAGAUCAUUUGUUCACUCCUGUAUGUCGCUUUAAUGAGCAUUUUAUACUCUUUUCAAGGUUUCCUUGUUGUGGAAAGUGUUAUCCAUGUGACUUAUGUCAUGAAGAACAAGAAAGUCACGAAAUGAAAUAUGCCACGCGGAUGGUUUGUGGCUUUUGCUCCAAAGAACAAGUGAGUUUGUACAGGAAGUGUCUGUGGAAUGGAUUCUUAACCUGUUUAAAGUGGAGUUAGGUCUGAUCCAUGAAGUUUACCCUGUUCGCUUGCUUUGUUCAUUCUCCCAAUGUUACAGCUGUCCUUGUUUUUCUUCGUUGAGGAAGAAAUUGGCGUAAUAUUCACCAUCAAAGGAAAAGGGGUGCAUCCCUUUUUUUUUUCUUUUUUUUUGUUUUGUUUUUUUCCUCAAAUAAUUGAGGUGAUCAUAGCUUUAGAAGGCCAAGCAAUGUAUUCCAAUAGCCUAGAUUAAAACAACCCUGAAGACAGCUUGCACGAGCCCGUCACUAGCUGGCACAGGCUUGAUAUUUUCGUGAUCCGGUUCAAUCACUGGAGGUUCGACUGACGAAGGGAUUAUCCCUCGACACCUCAAAUUUUGAAAUUCACAAUUUUUGAUAAUAAUGAGUGGGGUUAGCAUUGCAAGUAAUGAUAAUAAAACCAACUUAAAAAGAAUUAGGAUAUCAGCUGCUAAUGUGAGAGGAUUCCUGCUUUUAAACAAAGACUCCAAGAAACACGGCAACAUGUAUUCUUUUGUGUAAAUGAUUUAAGCGGGUUUUGCUUGAUUCUUUCAGCCAUACUCCCAGCGUCCUUGUAAUGGCUGUAAAUCGUCCGUGACCAAGUCACGUUCUACCCAUUGGGAAGGGGGCAAAGGAUGUCGUGACAAGCUCACUAUGAGCAGGUAAGGUGUUUGCGCAUGUUCUUGAGGAUGUCUUGGGUGUCGAGCAGAAGAGGCGGCGUGCUUGGGGUGUACUUCAUGGUCUUUUUUUCCACUUUUUUUUUAAUUUAGAAACGAUGACCAAAAAUACAGUCAGCAGGGAAAAACAACGUCACGAAAGGCGCAGAAGCGGUCCGAAACGAAAGGAAAAGGAAAGCGAAACAAGGCGAAGUGACUCUUCAUGAGCCAUGUUAGAAUAUGUUGAAGAAGCGUGGAGGUGUCAUUAAGUGCAUUUGUUUUCAUUUCAACCAUCCACACAGAAUCUAGACGCUUUGUAAGAGUCGGAUGUAAUACUUAAGAAUACAUCCUAAAGUAAAAAGGUUUGGCUUGAAAUAUGUUUCAAGCUGAGAGAAAUAUUAAUUUAAAAAACCUGUUAUUCUGUUCAUGGUUUCUCGUGCAAUCAAAUACUUUUGAAUGAAUUAGCACAUUUUCUUUGAAAAGCCAUGCUCUUGGUGCAAAUGUAUAAACAUCAGCAUGCUUUCUUUCCUGAUUUCAAACUGUUCCGAAAAGUAGGAACUACAGCUGUAUUUCGUGUACUGAUGGUAACUCUGGCCGCUUGAUAUAGACUCGCUGUUGAAGUAGCCGAUGAAAAUUAUUUAUCAGUAAUUAUUUUAUCAAGCAUGAGAUACUACACUUGUAGUGUAUUGGUUACCAUUACAACAAGACAAAAUUUUUAUCAACAUUUGUGAAAUUAUAAUAUGA